AUGUAUCUACGCAGCCUUUUCCCUUUGGCAGUGUCAUUUCCUGCGGUUUUCGCCUUAGGCUUCAAGCACGAAGAUAUUAUUACUCGUGAUGUCUGUAUCCUCGGUGGUGGCGCCACAGGUACCUAUGCCGCAGUGCAACUGAGAGAGCAAGGUCAUAGCGUGGCUCUUGUUGAGAAGAAAGCUUUCUUGGGAGGCCACGCCGAAACACUCUACUUACCGAAUGAUGAGUACAUCAACUACGGAGUUGAAGGAUACUUCAACAACGAAAUCACCAAAAAGUUUUUCAAGCAGCUCGAGGUUGAUUAUGAACUGCUUCUACCUGGUUCCCUGAUUUCGGAAAAUGUCAACUUCAACACAGGCAAGAGAGUCCUCCCUGGCGAUGGACUUCUAGGUACCGUUGCAGGUGCUGUUCUUUACCGUGCGGCCAUCGAACAGUUCGAUUACCUCUCGACUGGCGCUUACUAUCUCCCUGAUGAGGUCCCCGAGGUUCUGCUCCGUCCAUUCCGAGAGUUCGUGAAAGAGCAUGCCCUGGAAGGUGCAAUGGAUGUAAUCUUCGAGUUUGCCGAAAACGUGGGUAACAUCCUGGAUGCCCCAUUAAUCUACGUGAUCCAGAACUUUGGAAUCCCACAGAUUGACGCACUUUUGGAGGGAGGGUAUAUUAAGCCGAAGAACGGCACCGGGGAACUUUUCAGCAAAGCAACAAAUUACAUUGACAAAGAGAACAUUUUCUUCGAAACCACCGUCUCCAAGGCAAAUCGCAGCUCCACCGGCGUGGAAAUCAUUGUCAAGAGCGCAGAUGGAACACGCAAACUCAUCAAGGCUAAGAAGCUCCUCAUUGCCUACCCUCCUACUAUUGAUGGUUUGAGCGGGUUCGACCUUCGCAAGGAGGAGUAUAGUCUGUUCUCCAAGUGGGAACAUAAGAACUACUACGCUGCCGCCAUUACGAACACCGGCAUUCCUGAUGGAAUCAACGUUGCCAACACCAACCCUGAGAACCAACCGGGUAGCCUCCCACUGCCUCCAUUCAUUUGGGAGCUGGAAUACUCCGGUGUCUCAGGAUACUUUAUGGUCAAGAUGGUCGCUGAAGGCAACUUUACAGCUGAAGAUGCCAAGGAUUUGAUCCAAUCUGAUAUCAAUCGUAUGGGACAGGCUGGUACUUACGAUACGACGGAGCCGGAGAUCGCUGCUUUUGCAUCUCAUUCUCCCGAGACUCUUAUCGUUUCCGUGGAUGAUAUUAGAGAUGGCUUUUACAAAAAGCUGUAUGCGCUUCAGGGACAGCAGAGCACUUACUACACUGGUUACACCUUUUGUACUGACUAUUCCACGGUGCUGUGGAAUUAUACCAGUAGUGUUCUGGAAAUGAUGGAUCUGUGA